CCGAGAGCGGGUGACGGGGCAGCGUCCGCGGCCCGCCGCCAUGGUGUACAUCUCCAACGGUUUCCCCGGACAGUGUCCGGCGGUGAUCCGAUCGUUUCAGGUGCUUGGACGGUACCCUGUAGGGAAUGAAACUUGCUACCGCUGCUCGUGGACAAGUUUUGGAUAGCCAGAGUCGGGCUCCUUGGCGUUUGUCAUCUAUAACAGAUUUCUUCUGGUCGAUAGCAGAUUUUGUGGUUCUGUUUUUCCAGAGCAUUAUUCAGCCAGAUUUGAGAAGAAGAGGCUACGCAUCUUCUUCCUAUUCAGGAUACAAUGAUGGAAGAGGGCCUCCAGCACAUCCUCGUCGUAGGAUGGGUCGAAUAAAUAACUGGGGUGGAGGCCCCAGUCCACCACCAAUGGCUGGUGGUGGAUGAGGAAGGUAAACGCCUGCUGAAGAGGCAGGCAAAAGCAUACACAUUUGCAAGAUGAAAGGGAAGGAGACUUCAGUGGUGGACCAAAUGAAUCUGAAUGUUGUGAAUGUGUGUGUCUAACUGGAAACUGUUCUGUGAUCAAAGCAGAUUAAUGAAGUUGUACUGGGAACUCCUUCUUCAAGGAUCCGGUGUAACUGAGCCACAGUUUUAUUAAAUACAUGUUUACUGUCUAAA